CACUUUAAAGAUUCAUAUUUUCACAGUUGCAUGGUCUGUUUGAUCGUAGUUUGGUGUGUACUGUUUUAGUGAAAGGAAGUGAAUUAUGUUUCGGGUGCAGCAGGUACUUGAGGUCCUUUUGGAACUGUGAAAGUAAGCAAAACAACCAUAAACAAAGUACGACUUCGGACAAUAACGUAUAUUGUUUUCAUUUAGACUUUUGUGAAGAGUCUUUUGGUGUAGGAAAGGCACUACAGUACCUAUAAUGCAUCAAAUUAAAAGUGAUCAAGCUAUCUGUGUUCAAAGAAACUGUGUUUUUCCUUAAUAAACCUUAUCAACUGUCAUCCAGCAGGUCUUAAUCCUUUCCCAUCAGGACUCUAAGAAGCCUGCGGAUCUCCUGAGCUGGAAAAGCCAUGUUCCCGGUCCAUCGACACACCUUCAGGGCAGCUAAGCUGCUUCUCGGGACUCUGAUCUUUCUCCAGGCUUGCAGUUGUGCUUUGAGCUCCAGUGGUGAGACAUGUUACUCCAGACAGCAUCGAGACACCAUUGUGAAUGUGCGCAAGGCUCGAGAUCAUCAAAAGAUCAUAAUGGAUGUCAGGAAGAAAGAGGCAGAAAGAGACUGUAUCCUAGCCUGUUGCUCGCAGGAGCUAAAACCAGGUAUAAAGUGCAACAUGGUGAUGUAUAAGCCAUCAAGCCAAGAUGGUAUUGAGAACUGCUACCUGAUUCAUUGUGAAACUGAGCAGGACUGUCCUCUAAUGUCAGCCAAUCCUGGGACUAACACUUAUGAUAUAUUCAAAGGUUUGACACACCCUUCUGCAAAAGGAAAGGACAGAGUACCCACAAUGCCCAUUAUGAUGACAAAACAACCUACUACUACUCAAUCUACAUCAACAACCAUGAACCCAACAACUACAACAACCACAACCCAGCCCACCACCACAACAAGUACUACGCAGUCCUCUACAACCACAGGUCUGACUACAGCAACCACUUCCACUAUAGCGCCCACAGAGCUGGCAAUUAUCCUCCUUACGAUGCCUGUUGAAACCAUGACAACCACUACAUCAACUACAACAACAACUACACAAUCAACAACUACAACCACAAACGUACCUUCCACAGCAAGCACCACCACAACAACAACACAUCCAGUCCAACCAACACAGCCACCCUCAUAUCCAAUCAGACCUUCCAAAAAGCAGAUCCGGCCACCAAAAACAGGAGAGUCCCAUGAGAAAUCCAAUGCUAAAGUAAUUGAGAUUCUAACCUUACAGAAACAAGCCACACAGAAAACUAUGGUACUUUCUACGACUACCACUAGUGCAUCUACUACUACAACCACAACUACUACUCCUUCUACGACCACAACAACUAGUCCCACUACGACCACAACAACUAGUCCCACUACGACCACAACAACUAGUCCCACUACGACCACAACAACUAGUCCCACUACGACCACAACAACUAGUCCCACUACGACCACAACUAUUAGUCCCACUACGACCACAACUACUAUUCCCACUACGACCACAACUACUAGUCCCACUACAACUACUACAACCACUACAACUACAUCCACAACUACCAGUGAAAGGACAACUAUAGUCGUUGUAGAGAUGGAGAAUGAUCUGAAAAAUGGAGAUUCAGGCCCUGACUCUCCAGCAGUAGCCUCUGCCUCGGAUAAGGCUAAGGAGUCACAUUUGAUGUGGAAGAAUAGCCUGGCUUUGGUGGUCGUGCUCACGCUCAUCAUUCUCAUGUUUGCCGUGGCCGUCGUGUUCCGCAGAGCCAUGGAAUCCUUUGACAGGAGACACUACACUAGACUGGAGCUCAACGACCUUCACUAUGAGAUCUAAAGCUCAACCAAAUCCUUGAUGAUCAAAGAGACAAUGCCAUUCAAUUUGGAAAUGUAUUUUUUUUCCCCUGUCAGCUCACUAAAACAGAAUAUUUUGAUAUGUAGGACAUUUUGUGUUGAGAAAAGUCACAAGUUCCCCGCUCAAGAUGCUGAAGAGAGGUAACAAGAUGGAGACUGAGAAAGAGUUUAGGGUUAUGGGGAAUGAAAAGCAAUACAAAGACCUCAGGAAGCUUCAAAAUUUAGGACUAAAAUACUGUUGGACGUUCUUUGCAAUGGCAAUGCAUUAGUCAUUAACAUUUCCUCUGUGUAAGACCAGUCAAUCAGUAAUUAAGCUGUUAUGAGAACAGCUGCAAAAUCAAAUCACUCCUUUCAGAGGCUUCAUUUGUUCGAUCACUUUGGCUUGUUUGUGUAUGAUUUGAUUUAGGUAUGAAGUUAAACCAUGCUACUAAUACUGUAUGCUACAGUACUCCAGCCCUUUAGUCAAAAAUACUACUCAGUUGCCGAUCAGAUUAAACAUAUUCAGUUUUUGUUUGGGAUAUAGUACAAUUUGUGUGAUUAAUGCCUUUAUUGCAGGGCGUUAAUAAAGAAAUAAAAGAUAAGAUAGACUGGAAAAGAUGGUUCUGUUUUUCAGACUUUCACAGGCGCCUUCAGAUGGCCAUAUCCAUUCAGGACUGUUGCUUCCUUUACUGAAAAACAACUGCUUGCCAAACUGUAUUUACUUGCUGUACAUCGAAUCUUUAUUUUAUUUUCCACUAUGUUGUACUGAUGUAUUUACAUUUAUUACACCGCUUCCAUAGGAAAGUCUCCGAAUCAGUGUCCAGAUUGUGCUGCACUUCUGUUUUGUGUCUAAACAAAUACUACUUCUUGGUGGUAAAUUACACUGGAUGUGCACUAUUUUCACGUAUGAAUACUUUCUUAAUGAGCAGGUAUACGAGUGUGCAGACGUGUGUGAGGUGGUCUACUCUAGCUAACUGUAACACUUGCUAAGAGCAUGCAUGGUAAAUAUCAUUUGCAAUAUUUGCUGUGUUCCAGUAUGGGUUUUAACACGCUUUUCGUCGACUUCCACUGAUUAUUUGGGAACGUGUAUCAACUAAGUAAUUCGACUUGCAGCACUAGACAGUGGCUGUUCAACUAAAGCAUAAAUCUAAUAUUAUACUUAUUAAAGUAUACUUACUUAUUAUAAACAUCUCCAUCCAUUUAAAGGAGUUUGCAAAGCUGACCGGACAAGUUCUGCUCCCGUAACAUAGAUAUUGACACAACUCCUAUGGGGCUCAAACUUCAACUAAUGAAGUGCUACAUUGGGCCUCAUGAUGGCGAUUCAGAUGAAGAAGUGAAGUCAAACCAGGCUUGUCACACACUGGAUUAAAACGCACCUUUCAUACACCAAAACAUUGAAUUAGCUGUAAUUGCAAUUUUUGACCAAAGGUGGUAGCAGUCACUCAGUUGAACCUACAGCCACCUUCCUGCUCCUGUGCUCCACUUUAAGGAACUCUGUUUAGUUACACAAAUCUUUUCAUGUUUUUCUUGACUUGCUUUUUGUAUUUUCUGUAUAUAUAAGAUGGUGAUGG